UUGCCCACUGUGUGUGUGCGACAUACAUCAAGGCAGACAUGCAGUCGAGCGGUCACAGAUACUACUAUUUAUUUAUGUCCGUGUAGUGUGUAAAUGUGUAGAAAAUUACCUUCAAAUUGUUACGUCAACCGCAAAAUAAUUCGCUUAUCAAAAACUCCUCCACUUUCGCAAAUCCUCGUCCACCGACUCGCAAAAUUUAGCCAAAGAACGGCCAACUCCAACUCAAAAAAAUCCAACAAGUUCAAAGCCGACGCAAGAUUGCGGCCCGAGUCUGAUGUGAGCCACCGCCGAAAUGACGAGGUCCGGGCGCUUUUCAAAAGUCGGCGGUUUUUUCGGGUGAACGCGACGAAUAUGGCACCAGAUAUGUGGCAAACGGCUCAAAUCGCGGUAAUUUUGAUAAAUGGUGGAGGCGUCGAUCUGGUUUACUAUGAGAAGGGUGUGAAUUGAAAAGGAAGUCGUCAUGGGGAAUUCUUGCAGCAGCGGACAGGCUCACAAGGAUAAGGACAAUAUGUCCCAAAGGUCCGAAGAGUCUGGCAGUUAUCAAGUCCGAUCGAGCCUCCCAUCCGAAAAGCAGCAGACUCUUCUCAACCACAUAACACCCCACUCCGGAGUGAUCCUGGAGCCCAGUACCGCAGGACAGCCCCCUCUGCAAGCCCCCUCGGCCCCUCCGCCCACAGCGCCGUCGACACUCAGUGUCUCCGAAAGAAAACCGAACAUCUCGAAAGUUCUAAAGGGAGUCGCAGCUUCCAGCAUUUCCGCCGACUCCAUGUCUUUGAGUUCACCGCCCGGCACGCAAAGUCCCAAAGAAUUCGAUAAGCUAUCCGAUGGACACGUCCCCAAAGAAGUGUCGAGUCUGUCUGAACACCUCCAGAAUUUGAUAAUGGGGCGGGUGUCGCAGGCCAAGACCGCUUCCAGGACCAGGAAGAUCGUCAUCUAUGUGUGUGCCGCAGACUCGCAAGAUUGUUACGUAGAAAAAGGUGCUCUUCAUAACAGCGUCUACCCGGAACUGCGAGCGCACUGCAGGUCCAAAGGCUACGAACUGCACAUUGUCGACCUCCACUGGAAAACCCUUCUGGAGAAGCAACAAGACCACGAAUUUCCAGAACUUUGCAUCGGGGAGCUCACUAGACAAAUGGAAGUCGCGUACAUAAUCCCUGUACUGUUCCUGAAUAACUCCCUCGGGACUCCGCUCCUGCCCAUCACCAUUGAGAGCGCCGACUUCAAAAUGGCCAUGGAGAGUGUCGAAAAUCAGUCCGCUCAAACUCUGCUUUCCAAAUGGUACCAGUUAGACAGCGACGCUCAACCCCCUUGCUACCGACUUCAACCCAUCUCCUACCACAUCCCGGGAUUCAAAGAAACCUCGCCCGAGGAACGCGAAAGAGCCUUCGAGGAGUGGAGGACCGAAAUCGAUAAGAUGCUCGCCGUGCUCAUAACCGUCUUCUCGCAGGAGCUGAGGGACACUUAUUUAACAACCGUGGUAGAGCAAGAAGUGCACAAUACGGUCUUCAUGAGUCAAGAACUGGCAAAACGUUGUAUUUGGAUCAACCGUGUUUACACUCCCACGGCGAAAACUCCAGAUAAUUUGAGUCCCGGAGAUACUGAACUCUACAGGAGACUCAACACGUUGCAGAAAGACCUCAGAAAUCAGUUAACUGAAAAACAUAUAGUGAGGAUUCCGGUGAAGUACGUGGAAGGUGGGUUAAACAUGGAUAUACCCGAACAUGCGCAAUACAUAGCUCAAGUCACCGCCCAUCUCCAAAAGCACCUCUUGGAGAUGGUUGAUUCCAUCAUCGACGAGCACCAGGGUAAAACUAUGCUAAAACCGAGCUACGGAAUUGAAGCUCCGCUGUUCGAGGAGCUCAACCAACAGACGAGCUUUUGCCAAAAGGCUGCACAAUGUAGUAUUAAUAGGGAGAAAACGAUUAACGAAAUUAAAACGUACAUAAACGGAGAUAGCCCAAUUCCUUUAGUAUUAUACGGUCCCGGUGGCUGCGGUAAAACCACUUUAUUAGCACGAGUGGCCCAGUGUUGCCAACAGUGGCUACCAGAAGCUUUCCUCAUUUUUAGGUUCAUCGGAAUUAGCGCCCAGUCGAGCACAAUCGAGCAGUUGUUAAGUUCAAUAACGAAUCAGUGUUCUAUUUUAACGUACGGACAUAAAUGUUACUGUAUUCAUAACAUCGCAACUUAUGAGAAAAUCCUUCCAACUUUGUUAGCAGCUAGUUGUCUCCAGCGACCCUUGAUAAUAAUAUUAGACGGUAUAGAUCAAGUCCGUGGUUACAGUUCCAAAUCGAUUGAAUGGCUUCCCACAAAGCUACCAGAGAACAUCAAAUUUGUACUCUCUGUAUCAGAGGGUAGCGAUUUCUACGUGCAGAUCGCCAAGAAAAUCAAUCAAAACAGUUUCAUCAAGAUGCCGCUGUUGGGCGAAGCCGAAGCCAAAGGCAUCCUCAUGUCCAGUGUCAUGCAAUACAAUCAUAGCGUUAAUUCUAAAAUACAAGACUGCGUCCUGAAGUCCGUGCAGGAGUGUACUCUGCCUCUGUACUCCAAAGUUCUGGCGUGGCAGACGUCGUGGUGGGCGGACAAAGAACACGAUAUUGUUCCUAAAGGACACGUCAACGACCAGCUCAGCUUGAUGCUGGAGGAGCUGGAGAAGAUUUUGGGGGUGACUCAGGUCCAGCACGCCCUUGCAAUAAUUACGAGCACCAAACACGGCGUUACGGACUCGGAAAUGAUCGAUUUGUUGGCGUUUGAUGACAGUUUUCACAGUACCACCACUUAUGUACCUUGGGCCCCGGCUUGCUUGACUUGGUCCCGGUUGAACAAACACCUCGCCCCGUUUCUGCAAUGGACCUUGACCGGAGGGGUACUGGGGGUCCAGUGGAGGGACAACAUGUUGAGACAAGCGGUUGCCGCGAGGUACAAAGAACACGCCAAAUGGGCGAACCAAAUGAUCUACGAUUAUUACACAGGCAAAUGGUGGAACAGUAAGCCUGCAAACGUCUUAGCUAGACUGGUAUCCCAAGAGACGAUUUUGGGAAAAUGUUAUAACAGGCGGAAGCUGGACGAGUUGCCCUUCCACUAUUACCAGCUGAAGAGAGAAAUUGAAAACUCUCCUUACAUUUCGGACAUCACGUGGAUUUACGACAAGGUGUGCGGCUCCAACUGCUACCAGAUCCUGGAAGAUAUUAACAUGCAACCCAGCGUGAGGAACGAACUGACGCUGACGCUGAGACAUUUUAUCGAAACCCACGCGAGCGUCCUCAAUUACGAUGGUAGACAGUUUUAUUCGCACUUGUACAAAUAUUUAGAAGAUAAAAUUAGACGUAAAGAAAUUAGUUUAGAAUCAAACGAUUCCACCCUAGUCCAAGUGUACAGCUUAACGAAGAGCCCACCUGUCUUAUCACUCAUACCCCUAAAUAGCGUUCAAGAAGAAAAAGAGAGUGAUGAAUCCGGACCAGCUUUCAAAGAGAGCAACUUCGACUUGGUUAUAAGACUACCGGACACUGACCAGUUCGUCGUCAGCGUUUCCACAAACAAAGAGGAGAUUUGUGUUUGGGACGUAAAAGAGUGCAAACGAGUGCGCAUCCUGAACGGGAUUCCACAUCCGACCAAUCUGAUACCCAUCGACCAAUUCAGAUGCAUCGUACUGUGCAGAAGGGAGCUGCGGAUUUACGACCUGAACACCGGUACUUUUGUGACCAAACUGAAGGGCGUCAUGAACCAGAAAAUGCCUUACUUCGGGCUUCAUGACCAAAGCCAUUUGGUAGCGCUUAGUAGAAACCGGAUGUAUGUCAAUCUUAUGAACCUGGAGACUGGUGACUGUGUUACCACAUUCAAGGCUGGGGAGGACCGCUUUCUCAAUUCCCUGCUGGUUUCGGGGGAUGGGAGAGUCCUUGUGUGUGGCGAUGAAACCCAGAAACCGUUUCCUCUCCUCGUUUGGAAUUUACAGUCUCGAAAAUUACUGUACGAUCUUAGAAUACCACACCACGAUUUUAUAACUUCCUUGUCAGCCAUCACUUACGAAGGCAGUUACGUAUGCUGUGUUUGUCACGAAAUAGACGAACCCAAUCCGAAUUUCAUUGUUGUGUAUGAUUUGCAAAGUGGUACAUUAUUUAAGAAAUGGAAACCUUCUUGUAAUACGGUUUCCUUAGAAAUUAGCUCACAAGGCGGCUGUGUCAUAUCCGGUCUCGAGGACGCCAGAAUACUCGUUUGGGACCUGAUUACAGGUAAUUGUCGAUGGUCUUUGUACGGUCACACCGCUCCGGUUUCUUUACUGAAACUGGAUCCCACGGGAGCCCUGUGUUUAUCCACAGACUCGGAGUGCAGAGACAGGUCCAUUCGCCUCUGGGACCUCAAUAAAGGUAAUUUAGUGUCUGUGUAUACACCAAGAACAAAUAUUGCUGCGUGCGAAUUAACAUCUAACGGUUACCACAUCGUCUUGGCCCUGGAAGGACAGGAGGAAGUAAUAAUUCUUCAGCUCACAGGGCCCAACGUGGACAUCAACCAAGAGAAUGAAGCGUACGGUGUGGAAGAAAACAAUGGGAAAAUUUUCGAACUGAAGGAAAGUGAUGCGUGCUGACCGAAAUAGAUUAACUCUUUUCAAUUAUCACAGGAAUUGUUUAAAUGUAAUUACGAUUUUUCCGAGUCGUGCUUAUUUGUCAUUGUUUUUGGGAAAAAUCAUCCACUUUUCGAUGGACUGUGCUGGUAGCAGAUCCAGACUUUUCUCUCCUACUACAUUUUUUAUAUUUUUUUGGUUUUUUGGAUUGUUCCUGUCUUGUACAUGUACCUCUACUUUUAGCAAACUUUGCUUAAUUUACUUGAUGGAAAGAUUACUCGAUGUGGAAUAACGGUAGAGCUAAAAUUUCAUGGCAACUUUUAUGUUAUGUGGCCACAGUGUUGUUAGAAAGUAAGGAAUAAAUCGCACCACUGCCAAAAAUCGACAAAAAAAUGACUUCACACGGUUGCCAAAAUAUGUUGUAAUUGUCAAUAAUUAUUAAGUGAUAUAUUUUCAGAUUCCGGUUUUUGUAAAAUGCUUGGCGCAACGCUAACGCUACACUUUCGGGGAAACGUGACAAAAAAGCCGGCUAAAAUGUGUUAUAGAGUAAUUUAAGCAAAGUCCUAUUGUUAUAAAGAUAUAUUCCCAUCUGGUAUGCGGAACAAUAUAAUUAAAAUAUUAUAUUUGUAUGUUGUGAUUCUUGUGUAAAAAUAAAUGUAACAAAUAUUAA